CCCGCCUCUUCCGGCCAUAGGAAAAUCUUCCUAGAGAGGAGCCCAAAGGGAAGAGCUUGGAGGACUCCAAAGAAGGAGCUCAGAAACUGGGAAAGAGGGAUUUGGCUGCAUCUCCCCCACCCUGGAGCAUCUGGAAAGUCUGGCAAAAGAGAGGCAUUGUCUGGAUGGGAGUUGCAGCCGCCCAGGACUCCUAUGGAUCUGGAUUAGGAAUAGAACUUCCUCUUGCUCAAGCAGAGAGUGCAGAAGCGUUUUGGAAAAGAACUGCACAGAGCAGCCUGAGGAAGGAUAUGCUGAUCUUAAAUGUAGAGCACCAGCGCUUCAGGGACUUCCACUAUGAGGAGAUGGAGGGGCCUAGAAAUGUUUGUAGCCAACUCUACAAGCUCUGUCGCCAGUGGCUCCAGCCAGAAAGACACUCCAAGGCGGAGAUGCUGGACCUCGUGGUGCUGGAGCAGUUCCUGGCCGUCCUUCCUGCAGAAAUGGAGCACUGGGUGAGGGAGUGCGGGGCGGAGAGCAGUGCCCAGGCCGUGGCCCUGGCAGAAGGAUUCCUCCUCAGCCACGCAGAAGAAGGCAGGCAGAGCAAGGAGCAGCAGGACUUCUUUGUGGUGGAGAAAGCUGACCUGGAGGACUGCUAUUUAGAAACCAAGGGGACAAUGCUGGACAGGGAUGGAGUGUCCACAUCAGUGGGAGACGGACUAUUGACAUGGCCAAUAUUUCUUGAUUGUGAUGCUCAUGGUGCAUCUUCAGCUAGACUUAAUCAGGUGUCUUUUGAGGACGUGGCUGUGUUUUUCACUGAAGAGGAAUGUGCCCUGCUGGACCCAAGAGAAUGGGCCCUGCACUGGGAAGUGAUGGAGGAGAAUUUUGGUCUUGUGUCCUCUCUGGCUGGUGAUGAGCAACUGAAUGAGAAUGACAGAGAACUAUGCAGAUUGUGGCCUGGAAAAGCCAUAUGUGAACAGGUGGAAGGGAAAGGACAAAGCACUCAAGGAAAGAGCAAAAUACUAACGUCUCAAAGUGGGGAGAUCUUUGACAUCUCAGUUGAAGGAACGACACAAACUGGACAUGGAUGUAUUUGCUUUCUGUGUGGGAGAAGCUUCAGUUCUCAAACGAGCCUUAAUUAUCACAUGAGAACGCACACAAGGGAGAUGUCUUUCCAAAGUGGUGAGCGUGGAAAGACCAUUAGUGAUGGGAAAGGCCUGGUUUCCCAUCAAACAAUUCACAUCAGGGAGAAACCAUUUCAUUGCCUGGAGUGUGGAAAGAGCUUCCGUCUAAAGGUACACUUGACCUCUCAUGAGAGAAUCCAUACAGGAGAGAAGCCCUUUCACUGCUUGAUGUGUGAAAAGAAAUUCAGUCAGAAGAGAACCCUCAUCCGUCACGAAAGAAUUCAUACGGGAGAAAAGCCGUUCCAGUGCCUGGAGUGUGGAAAGAGAUUCACUCAGAAAACAGAUCUCGCCCGUCAUGAAAUAAUUCACACCGGGCAGAAACCAUUUCGGUGUCUGAAGUGCGGAAAGAGCUUCAGUCAGAAGGUACAUCUUACCUCUCACGAAAGGAUUCACACAGGGGAGAGACCAUUUCAGUGCUCUGAGUGUGGGAAAAGUUUCAGCCAGAAGCCACACCUUGCUUGUCAUCAAGCAGCGCACACUGGGGAGAAACCCUUUCAAUGUUCACAAUGCGGAGAAUGUUUCACACGUAAGGUGCACCUCACUCGCCACCAAGCAACUCACACCGGGGAGAAGCCCUUUCAGUGCUCGGACUGUGGAAAGUGCUACAGCCGGAAGAUGCAUCUCACUUGUCAUCAAGCAGCUCACAUGGGGGAGAAGCCAUUCAAAUGCUUGGAGUGCGGAGAGAGCUUCAGUCGGAAGAUGUCCCUCACUUGUCAUCAAGUGAGUCACACCAAGGAGUGACAACUCAAACUGGGCAGAUAGGUCCCAAUGUCCAUGUAGCUUUCCCACCCAACGUUAUGCUCAUUUGGACCUUGUGAGAAAUGUAGUUCACUGUCUUAACUGCCAUUCUGGAUUCAUCACUUCUAGUUUUCCUUGGGUCUCUUUUGGUUGACAGGGCACGUUCUUGCUGUUUUGGCAUUGGGAAACAUUCUUAGUGGAGCCCCAGUGGUGUAGUGGGUUGAAGCCUUGUGACUUGAAGGUUGGGUUGCUGGCCUGAAGGUUGCCAGGUUCGAAACCAACCAGGGGAGAGCACAGAUGAGCUCCCUCUAUCAGCUCCAGCUUCAUGUGGGGACAUGAGAGAAGCCUCCCACAAGGAUGGUAAAAACAUCAAAACAUCCGGGCGUCCCCUGGGCAACGUCCUUGCAGAUGGCCAAUUCUUUCACACCAGAAGCAACUUGCAAUUUCACAAAUCGCUCCUGACAUGAAAAAAAAUUCUUCUUAAGCUCUUUCUAAUUUUUAGCCAUAGAAUGGGCUGCUGGGAUCCUCAUUUCGAUAUAUAUGAAGUUUGUUUCCAAAAGUUCCUAAUUAAAAAAGUGUUAUAGGUGACUGCACACUGUUGGCUGAGAGUAAUAAUAAUCUAUAUAAAUAAAAAAGUAAUGUCCGUU